AUCCGGUCCUACAGUUAAGUGCGUCCUCGCCCGCUUGCUGCUGCAUUAUUCAUUUCCCGCUUGAAUGAGGCAUCUGUGCAUGUUCGCAGCGACUUUAGCCCGAACAAAAUAUUUUGUCAACCCAAAGCACAACCACACUUGUGUGGCUACACUGCGUAAGUCGCAGUCCGGCUACAGUUGUCAGCGUGUAACAUUUCACCUGCACGUCACAGGGAGGCAACGACACAUGUCAAGUGAAGCCAAGAGGCUGUGUACCGAAGAGAGAAUGGCCAACAAGAAGAUAGGAACCCACAAUGGAACCUUUCACUGCGACGAGGUUCUGGCCUGCUUCUUCCUCCGUCAGUUACCUGAAUAUAAGGAUGCAGAGAUUGUACGGACCAGGGACCCCGCACUGCUGGCAGACUGUGAUAUUGUUGUAGAUGUGGGAGGAGAGUUUGACCCGAAGAGGCAUCGCUACGAUCAUCAUCAGAGGACUUUUGCAGAGACCUUCCACAGCCUGUGUCCAGACAAGCCGUGGGUCACCAAGCUCAGCUCAGCCGGCCUGGUUUAUCUCCACUUUGGCCGUCAGCUGCUGGCCCAGCUGACGCAGCUGAAGGACGACGAUAAGCAGCUGGAGGUCCUCUAUGACAAACUCUACGAGAAAUUUGUGGAGGAGGUGGAUGCCAUUGACAACGGCAUUUCACAGUGUGACGGCGAGGCACGAUACACCAUCACCACCACGCUGAGCGCACGUGUCAGCCACCUGAAUCCACGCUGGAACAGCAAGAGUCAGGACACUGAGGAGGGUUUCAAAAAGGCUCUGGCAAUGGUUGGGCAAGAGUUUCUGGACUGUUUGGAUUUCUACAAGUCCUCAUGGUUGCCAGCACGCCAGAUUGUGGAAGACGCCGUCAACCAGCGACACAAGGUAGAUCCCAGUGGGCAGGUGCUGCUGUUCUGCCAGGGCGGGUGUCCUUGGAAGGAGCAUCUGUUUGCCCUGGAAAAGGAGCUCCAAGUAGAGACACCAAUCAAGUUUGUGCUUUACCCCGACCAGAACGGACAUUGGAGGGUCCAGUGUGUCCCGGCGGGCCUCAACACCUUCCAAAACAGGCUGUCCCUGCUGGAGGAGUGGCGCGGCAUCCGCGACCAGGACCUGUCAACGCUCAGCGGCAUCGAGGGCUGCGUCUUCGUCCACGCUGCAGGCUUCAUUGGCGGGAACACAACACAGGAAGGAGCCUUGGAGAUGGCCCGGAGGACCCUGCAGGCUGCCGCACAGUCACCUGCCAACGGCGACUGUUGACUAAUCGGGAAGGUCCUUUUGUUCAGUCCUGAAGAGGAUGUGGAUUUGUUAGCGUGUGGAAAAGCCUUCUGUGCUGGACUACAAAAAGUGGAAACCCAAGCAAGAGUAAAUAUCGUAUACAGUCAAAAGUGCUUAUUUUUUUCUUCAAAAGAUCAUUUUUCUUAUUAAGCACACUGAGUUUACUUUAAGUAUUACUUAAAGUAACUUAAUCUAGUUUAGGUUUCCACAUCUUGUAGUGUGUAAAUUAGGUACACCAGCAUACUCCAAAACAAGAGUUGUAUUAAAGUUCAGCCUUUGCAAAGAUAAUAUAAAACAAAUAUUAAAAGAUAAUAAUUCGAAUAGAUUAGUUUCAAUCUGCGAUAAAGUAAAGUUUAAAAUGGCAACCAUGUUAAUAAAGCCAGAAAACUACUAAAAUGUAGACCUCCACCGAGGGCAAAGUGUCAUAAUUUGGAUCAACACAAUCGUACACCUUAACAAAUGCUCACUUUCCCACAUAUUACUACAAAAAACAUCCAUCCAUACACAUACACAAACACACACACACACACACACACACACACACACAAACGAAAACACAAAAUCUUGGAUCCCGUCUUUAUCUUUUGUCUUAGCAUCAGUUGACUUUUUUUUUUUCAGGCAAUAUGACUUUAAUUCUCCCAACACUAAGGCUUUAUUAUUUUUUUUUUUUAAUCAUUUGCGGGGAAAAAAUCAUUUGUGGAAAAAAAAUCUUGGAUUCCCAUUUGUAUCUUUUCUCUUUUUUUCAGAUGAUUUUUUUCUUUUCAAUAUGCAAAUAAAAGAAAUAUCUUGAUACAUGUCAGUGAGUUAACCACAAAAACAGCAAUGAAAGGUAAAAGGAUAUUAUCUUUGUAAAGGCAGACUUUGUAUUUGCAUCCCAUCCAUUUUGCAGGUGUGUGGUCAGUCUUUUGACGUUUAUUUGCAAUAAAACACACUUCUCAUUA